AAUUCUUCCCCCGGCAGUUGAGAGAUACUUUGUGGUCAACGAGGACAGACCUUCCUCUCUUGUAAAACCAGUGGUUUUUUAGUAAUCUAAAUCAUUGACGGGUGCUUACAAUUUUGAUUCUGAGCAACAUCGAGCCCUAACCUUCUUGUAAGUUGGAACCGUCCACAUCAUGGAAAAGGGACCUUAGCUCAUCAGAGUAUGGCCAAUGUCAGUUUCGAUGAGGAGGAGGAUUUCCACGCUAUUCAAUUCAACGGCAGUGUCAAUAUGCUCCAAGGCCUCCACAACAACUUGAGCCUGUUUCGAAAUCUCUCUGGGGAGGACAGAGACCCAUUUUACGAGGAAGAGCCCGUUCUCGAUCCCAGUGAUAAAAUGAGUUGGCCAAAUUUGUUGUGGACCAUUAGCUUCACCGUUAUUGUGGUGGUAGGGACUUUGGGCAACGCCAUUGUUCUGUGGAUCAUUUUAGGCCAUCGCCACAUGUGGAACUCGACAAAUUAUUUCCUCGUAAACCUGAGCAUAGUGGACCUACUUAUGGCUUUGCUCAACACACUCUUCAACUUUAUCUUCAUGCGGGACAAGAACUGGCCCUUCGGAGCUACGUACUGUACAAUCAAUAACUUUGUGGCGUAUUUGACAGUGGCUGCGAGCGUGCUCACACUUAUGGCCAUCACUCUCGACAGAUAUCGGGCCAUUCUCUAUCCUUUGAAGCCAAAGCUGUCCAAAUGGUACAUCAUAUUGGCCAUAUUUUGCGUCUGGGGAGUAAGCAGCCUCGUCGCUUUGCCAGCUCUCCUGUACUCCAGAACCUUUUCCAAUGGGUGA